AUGGCUCAGUUCAGCUCUGCAGUUUUGCACUCAAACCUGAACCAGGUCAAUGAGGACUUGAUGUCACAGGUGCUAGAGGGUUACGAAAAUCAUAAUGGAAAUCCGCUAAGCUAUCAUCAUGGCUCCGCAUCCAACUCCCUGCAACCAGUCUUACAAGCUCCGAUUCACAAUGCUAUCAGCAACUCCAACGGGGACAGUAGUGAUCGCGAGGAAGACUUGAUGUCACAGCUGCUCGAGGUUUACACAAACCGCAAUGAGGGGAAUGCGCAACAUCUUCCUCAUGACGCCGCUUUCAACUCGCCAGUGCAACCAGUCCUACGAAGUAUGCAAUACCACAGGCAGGUACACUAUAAUAAUCGCCAUACCACAACCAAGAAGAACGCCGCAACGGGCCAGGCCGCACAACCAGCAGAAGGACAAAAUGGAAUUCCUGUGAUGGAACAGUCAGGGUUUUUGAUGAACUCGCCCAAAGAGCAACUCGAACUAGAGUCUUAUCUUCGCACCAGUAUGGUUUCGCAAUACCUGCUACAGCUCACAAACAAAUUUCGGGUAGAGAUUGAAAAACACUUUGGAGACCACAAGCUCGGCGUGAAUAUUUCCCCACGUCUACUUUCACCUUCAACGUUCGACGGUAGUGCAGCAGCCAUUUUGGAAGAACAUGAAGCUUUGAUUUUGAAUGCUUUCACCGAACAAAAGUGCGAGCCUCCUUCCAGCAAGAAACAAAUUAUGAUUGGCCUUCCGGUUUCACUCGAAUCAGAACCGGUCGAUCAUCAAGGCCCACAGAGACGAUUCACUGUUAAAAUCACGCGUACCAAUCUUGAAAUCAAGCCGAUUGGCAAUGCGCACAAGGCUUUUUCUGAGUGGCUCGCUGAGGUCAUACUGCAGCCACGAGGUGAAUAUUAUCCCCUCGUUGGAACAUUUGAGAAAUCUCCUAGCAAUCAGAUAACUUCGGAAUUCAAUUUCGACCUAAUCCAAAAAGAAAUAAUCAGUUACAUCGCCCUGCAGGAGUCAAGUUGCUUGGUUUUUCGUCUUGCACUCACCCUCAUCGGUAGUUGGUAUAAAAAUCACAAUCGUGACAAAGAUUAUUUGACUAGUUACUUCCAAACUGACAAACAAUACUGGAAGAUUAUGAUUGACUAUCUGUCCAAGGCUCUGACACCAACAGCCAAUCUGGAGAGGUGA